GCAGCGCGGUUAAUCAAUUAGACGAGCUCAACCCCCUGAAAUAAGAACGAUAGAAGAAAUUUGAUUGGUGGGUCACAGCCUCCACCUGAAACAGACUUAAGAUUUGAAAGGCUUCACCUCGAACUAUAUUUGUCCCAGGUCAAACAUCAUUUAGACCCAAACAAAAUUAAUCUACAAGUCACAUCCUUACAUCCCUGAAGUGCGGUUCGCAAUUGGAAAUAUAUCAAACAUCUUGUUAUGCAGGGCCACUGUUAUUUUCGUCGCAGAUUUUUCCGGUAUCGUGUCGAAUUAUUUGCUACCCAUGGCCAUCUUCUACACAGUAGUCGUCUGCUAUGAGACACGAGAGAUCGAUCAUUAGCCAGCUUUUCAAAGGGGGUUCUAUCGUUCUUUCUCUGCCUACCAAAAUAGAGUAAGUCGUGACUGGGACGAAAUUAACUACCUAGUACAGUCCACUGAAAUCAUCAUCAUCGGCCAAAGCUUCUUCUCCUAUCCUGUCUUUUUCUUCGCAUCCUGUUUAUAUUUGCAUAUCUUGCUUGAGUUUGAAGUCCGUGAGCUGUGUUUUCAGUUCCUUCUUACCCUUACGUCCCUUUUUAGUGGUCAAUUUCGAAGCAAUUUCUGACCAUUCGAGACUCGUUCGUAGGGCGAAGGAGUUCUCUCUCUCGGACGUUUCGUAUUCUUCUCUCCCUCUUCACUCUCUUGGUCAUCUCUUGGUCUUUGCGCUUUCUUUUGUGCAUCUGGGUUUGUUACUUUACAUCACAGUUUCCCCAUAUUCUUUCCGGAUCCUUCUGCUGCCUACCUGCAUAUCUUGUCGGUUGGUGGAUACUGAUUUGCGAACGAUUGCUGGCUUUUCGAUUCGGGCGUGCAAUGAGGACGGGUAGAUUGGUUGACUACGAUAAUUCCACCUUUUAUUCCAUCUAAUGUCUUCGUGUUAUAUCAUACAAGGUCGUGUUGACAGGACCUAACCUCUCGCUGUGGAAAAUAAAGCAACUCGGGGCGUCGUGGGUUGCGCAAACAAUAAAAGCAAUUCGGUCUUCUUAGGAAGGAAAGAUACUGUUUCGAUCAUCUAGACACAUUGUCUCUAUUCACUAAUUUCGCGACACAUUUCGAAGUAGCACAUAAUAAUGCCUCCACGACAGAACGAGAGUGGACACAGGGACAUGCCAUCGAGAGAAUCGGAGAGGGGUCAGUCGAGGUUGGAGGAAAUUCGAGGGGGGCUGAAUUCGGUGUUUGCGGGACGAUCAAGCGUUGAAGCCAGGAAUCGUUCCCCAGAAAGUCAUAAAGCUCCACGAUUAGUUGGCCUUAGCAAUCUGCCGUCCACUCGAAUCCAUAUUCCGGGCCUGACCACAAGUCGAAGCUCGACGCGCCGAAACUCUGCCGCUGCUGAGCCUACAUUGCCUCAACAUGAAGAACGUCGUCUACCACCUAUCGCGACUCGUUCCCAUAGUCGACUUUCACGAUCCGCGCAACUUCCAGCAGUUGCGUCUCCCAUCUCAACAAUGCCACCUCGAGUGCAACGACGAUCGGAUCGCAGAUUUCUUAGUGUAGAUCCUGCUGAGCAGCAUCUAGCCGAUUUAGCAAAUAGAGGUAGGAGAAGGAGAGGACCUCCAAGGGGAAUGCAGGAAUGUGGGAGAGGAUGUGCGCCAAGAAUUCGGAACAAAAGGAUACGUCAAAAGAUAGUGCAUUCCCUAAUAUCCGGGCUGUUUCUCGUGCUAGUGCUCACGAUAUAUCUUGCAUUGGCAUUGUCAGAUAAGGCUGAGACUCAAGAAUUUCACGUUCUCUUAAUUUUGAUAAUUCUGAUAGUUGCUAUCUUCUUCUGCCAUUCUAUAAUUCGCCUCUGCAUGAUGAUCUUAAAGCCGCCGAUAGAGGGAGAGCCAAAUCCACGACGUCUUCCGUCGAUGGUUGGACCUGGAGGUUAUGCCGAAACCUCAGUCCCUAUACCAGUAGCGCUCGCCAGAGAUGAAGAAGCAGCAGGUAUUGAAAGUCAAGCUACGAAAAUGCCCCCUCCCGCUUAUGGAUUAUGGAGAGAGUCGGUGAGGGUUGAUCCCAAUAGGAUUUUCUGGCAAAGGAAUGAAGCAGCAUUCAAUCGGCCAAUCUCUCGAAUAUCCGAGCGCCCGUCGACGGCGAAUCGUCCUCCAUCAUAUAUGUCUGAUGAUGGCAUCGAUUACGUCAUUGAGGCAGCACCUCGUUCAACGGUUACGGGAGAAGAUGUAUUGCCUCGACAUCCAGCCGAUCGAUCGGAAUGGCCUCGUAUGUCUAACUAACCCUGUCCGAUACAUGGACAUGCAAAAAAUAAAGGACUACGAGAAUGAGCCCUUGAUGGGCAUCAUUCGAAUUCUUCGAAUGUUUGGGAAAAAUCGAAUUUCACAAUUUUGGACUUGGAGAUGGGGAGUUUUUGAUUUGAUUUAAUCUGGGGCGUUGAGAUGCAUAUACCUAUGGAAUAUUGAUAGCGUUUCGUUUAGCAUUGUGUUUGGAGUUUUUGUUCCCCUCCUCUCUUUUUACUUUUUGUGUAUGGUAUCUCUCAUGGUUUUUGAGUUGGUCAUGGUUAUGUCUGUAUAUUUGGCGGAGACGUGGAAUGGGUGUUUGAAUAUGGAGGGGAGUGUGCGGUGGGAGUAGACAUUGGAGGUUUCGAUGUGAGUCUUGGCUGGGAUGCAGUGGUGGUGGGUAGAUAGAUAGAUGUGGAGAUGACUGGAUCGUUGGAUCGAUUGAAUAGAUAGAUGGGUGGAGAUUCUCGAUUCUGGAAGAGAUGUGAAAGUAACAUAUACAAUAUACGAUAGUUAUACAGUAUCACAAAAUAACAAGUAACCAGUCAUCGGUUUCA